AUGAGUGGGAAAGGACUCUACAGCAGGGAGGGGGUUUAUGGCAAGAGAAGUCAUUCCCCACCAUUUAAUGUGAAAAUCGGCCUGAACCAGAUGGAUGCCAUUAUUACAUUCAGGGAAUACUCUACGACUUACGCACACUUUCUCUUCAACGCCUUUGAUACGGACCACAAUGGAGCUGUGAGCUUUGAGGACUUCAUCAAGGGCCUUUCCAUUUUGCUCCGAGGGACAAUACAAGAAAAACUCAACUGGGCAUUUAAUUUGUAUGACAUAAAUAAAGAUGGCUACAUCACUAAAGAAGAGAUGCUCGAUAUCAUGAAAGCAAUCUACGACAUGAUGGGCAAAUGCACAUACCCUGUCCUCAAAGAAGACGCUCCCCGACAGCACGUGGAGACUUUCUUCCAGAAAAUGGACAAAAAUAAAGAUGGGGUCGUUACCAUCGAUGAGUUUAUCGAAAGCUGCCAAAAAGUAAGUGAUGAGUAA